AUGUCGGAGCCAUGGCGCCUCGUUGGACCGAUCACGGCCACGGCGGCUGCGAGGUGGAAGGAGCUCCACGGCGAGCGGUCGUGGGAGGGCCUGCUGCGGCCGCUGGACCUGGACCUCCGGCACACGGUGAUCUGGUACGGCGAGAUGGCGCAGGCCACGUACGACGCGUUCAUCCACGAGAGUCACUCGCCCCACGCCGGCCACUCGCGGUUCGGCAGGAAGCGCUUCUUCGAGCGCGUGAUGCUGCCGGGUCAUGCCACCACGUACCGGGUCACCAGGUUCCUGUACGCCAUGUCCUCCGCCCGCGCCGCGCCGACCAACGCGUUCGUGAGGGGCGGCCACUCGCGGCGCGGGUACAAGGAGUCCAACUGGAUCGGGUACGUCGCGGUGGCCACGGACGAGGGGAAGGCGGCGCUCGGGCGCCGGGACGUGGUCGUCGCGUGGGGCGGCACCGUCCAGGCAAUGGAGUGGGUCGACGACCUCGAGUUCGCCAUGGUGCAUCCCAAGGGCAUCCUCGGCGACGCCACCGGCGUCGACGCCAUGGUGCACCGCGGCUGGCUCUCCACCUAUACCUCCACCGACCCGGCCUCCACCCACAACAAGGAAAGCGCCAGAGACCAGGUGCUGGCUGAGGUGCGGAAGCUGGUGGACACGUACAAGGACGAGGAGGUGAGCAUCACGGUGACGGGGCACAGCCUCGGGGCGGCGCUGGCCACGCUGAGCGCGUUCGACAUCGCCGAGAACGGCUACAACUGCAAGCCCGCGGCGGCGUUCCCAGUCACGGUGUUCGCGUUCGCCAGCCCGCGCGUGGGCGGCACCGGCUUCAAGAAGCGGUUCCACGCCGCGGCGACCGCCGGCCUCCGUGUCCUGCGCGUCCGCAACGCCCGGGACGUUGUGCCCAGGUACCCGGCGCUGCCGUACCACGACGUGGGCGCCGAGCUGGUAAUCGACACCAGCGCGUCGCCGUACCUGAAGAUUCCCGGCGACAAGCACAUGUUGCACAAUCUGGAGUGCUACCUGCACGGGGUGGCGGGCGCGCCGACGGCGGCCGGAGAGGGGUUCGAGCAUGUGGUGGAGCGGGACGUGGCGCUGGUGAACAAGUCGUACGACGCGCUGAAGGACGAGUACGGGGUGCCGGCGGCGUGGUGGGUGCCGUGGAACAGGGGCAUGGUGAUCGGGGACGACGGGCGCUGGAGGCUGGUGGAUUGCGAGGACGAGGACGACAGGGAACACGCCGUCGUUCCGGUGAAAAAGUGA